AUUGAUUCCAAAGACCUACAGAACCAUCCACCAAUCGCGAAUAGCGCCUCCCAAUGGAAGCCCGCCCCCCGCUGAACCACAGCCGAAUGUGGCAAUUCCCCUCCCCCCCAGGUACCUUUUUUCCAAUCGUCAUCAGUACCAUCGGUGACGCAGCGAACUCUCGGGAUUUGUCACGUCCGGCUUCCGACAGAGCUUCGAAACCUAUCCUCCCUCACCGCAGAAGCGCAGCUGAGCUGCCUUGCUGGCUAUAACUGCUUCCUCGUCCCCUUAGAAGCGUUUAAGCACAUCACACACUUGCUCGAAGCAGAUCGCAAUCGCUUCAUCGAGAACCCAGCAAUCACCCCGCUUCCCCGGCAUCCGAUCUCCGUCGCAACAUCAAUACUGCCUUCGAGCCCACUCAAGAAACCACCACUACAACACCAAAAACUCGUCGCCAAAAAUGCCAUUCUCGCUCCCUCCGUUCAUCGCCCGCCUCGUGCGCCCGUCCACGCAAUCCGCCAUGUUCUCCAUCGCCCCCGACGCCGCCGCCUCCUCCCCCCCCGCCGUCCCCGCCAACGCGCAGCUCUGCACCGUCGCGGCCGGCUGCUUCUGGGGCACCGAGCACCUCUACCGCAAGCACUUUGCCAACAAGGGCCUCAUCGACGCAAAGGUCGGCUACAUCGGCGGCGACCUGGAGAACCCGGCCUACCGCGCCGUGUGCGGCGGAAAGACUGGUCAUGCUGAAGCCGCGCAAAUCAUCUUCGAUCCAGCCCAAGUUUCCUACCGCCAGCUCCUCGAGUUCUUCUACAAGAUGCACGACCCCACAACCCUCAACAAGCAGGGCCCCGACACUGGCUCGCAGUACCGCUCUGCCAUUUACUUCCACAACGAGGAGCAGGAGAAGAUUGCGCGCGAGGUCACUGCCAAGGUCAACGCCCAGUGGUGGAAAAACGGUGUCGUCACCGAGGUUGCGCCCGCCGGCAAGUGGUGGACCGCUGAGGAGUAUCACCAGCUGUACCUCGACAACAACCCCAUGGGCUAUGAGUGCCCUAGCCACUUCUUGAGGCCGUUCCCCCCGCUGGAGUGAUGGUGGACCUGAGGUUGUGUAAAAGAAGGAAAUGGAUAAUUAGACAAUACGGACAAUGUCAAUGAUGUAAAUAUCGACGUGCAAUGAUGGCAAGCUUGGAGCAUUGGCAAGUCGCAGUCAGCUAUGAAUACAAGGGGGUCAGUAUAGCAUUCACGCUUUAAGUGGUCAAAUCAUGAUGGCAAUAAUGGAUGAGUAUUGCUAUUCGCAUACACUCAAAAUACAACUCGCACACUUAAAUAUAUAGACUAAUUUCACCAAGAAGUCUCAAUAAUAUACCUAAACCUA